CAGGUGUCCUCUUUAGACCUUUUCUUUACCUUAUCAGUUCAGAUGACCAAUCACCUAACUGCGGAUGAAGCUGCAGCGUAAUUUGAUUGUCAUGAUACAAAGUCCAACUGUUGCAAUCACAUGCAACAACUUCAACCACUGAAAGAACAGGAAAGGAUUCAAGGGGAUAAGGAUUUAAAAAUCAUGGAUUAAGUACUCAUGAACGAGGACUUAUAUUGAACUGAACAGGAAGUGAUCCACCAAGGCCACAGGAUGGCAAAAAGUGUCAUCGUAACCUAUGUCCUGUGGGCAAUGGGUGGGCCUUUGGGCCUUCACCAUUUAUAUUUAGGAAGAGACAGCCAUGCUCUGUUAUGGAUGCUCACCCUUGGAGGAUUCGGGUUUGGGUGGGUCAGAGAGGUUAUACGUAUUCCUGCAUAUGUUGGCGAGGCCAAUCAAGAUGCAGAAAAAGACAGAAAAACACGUCCCACUAUGGUCCUACCACCUGUAAGCCCAGUCAGAUUUUUGGGACAGAUGUUUGUUGGGAUCUAUUUCGGCACAGUGGCUCUGAUUGGAUUGAACUCCCUCAGUUUCUUCUACUUGAUUGUCCUGCCUUUAUCUGUGGGUGCAGGGGUACAUCUGGUGUCAUGUAUCGGCCAGCAGUCUUCCGAUCUCCGGAAAACUUUGACUACUUGUCUCAUAACCUCCUCAAUAUUCUAUGGCAGCAACUUAUCGCCUCUCCCUAUAAGCCUGGCCGCCAGUGUUACUGCUGCAUCUCACCGCAGGCACAAACAUCGACCGCCACCAGGGAGCACACAGAAACUAGGUCCACGGAUUUACAGGCUUGGUCUGGCCUGGCUGGCCUUCUCUGCUCCGCUGGGUUACUGUAUUUUCCAUAACACCACAGCCACACUGUACUACCUGUCUGACUGUGUAGCAGCACUGCUGGAUCUUUUCUGGUUCCUGCCUUGGCUCCGAAAUGUGUUUGAGUACAUUCUUUUAAUGCCAUAUCGGCUCUUGUGUGUAAUCACUGGAGGGGGUUACUAUGAAGAUGCUUGGAGGAGGGUACUGGAAAUACUUCUCAAAGAAUACACAGAGAAAGAAAAAGAAGCACUGCGGGUCUUGUCAUUGGAAGUAGAGGCCUCCAUAGAAGACAUAAGUCGCAGCUAUAGGGAACUGGCCAGGACAUGGCAUCCAGACCAUAACCCAAGCAAGGAUGCUGAGGCCAUGUUUGUGAAGAUCAAUGAGGCUUAUGAGGUUCUUUUACAACGGCACAAACCUCGUCGAUUCAAAUAGUUUCCCUACAUUCCUCACCGACAGGCCUCUCUAAAAUCAGACUUGAUGACAUUGUUUUUCAGUCAUUGUUUAUAUUCUGUAUUGAGCAUAAAUUAAAAACAUACACAGAGACUUACACAGCCUUUCACAGCUGUCAGAUGGGUUACUUGGCAGAGUAAGUCUCAAGCAGCACUUUACUGCCACCUUGUGUUGUUACAGAUGUCAUAUUCCCAUAAACUAUUUUAUCACAACAAUUGUA